AUUGGGGUCGACACGUAGGGUAUAUUUAAUGCGACCCAUGUACGCCAGCUCCAAAGUAAGUCAUCGCCAUCAUGUUGUUUGUGAGUCUUGCUGUUGUGCUCGUUCCCGCUGUUCUGGGCGCUAAUAUCUGCUGUACCCCUCGCCAGUGGGAGGGCGUGGAGGCCCAGGUGAUUGGCACGGUGAAAAACGGAGGAACGCCACUAAUAUCAGAGACAGAAAUUAAUGUGCACUUUGAUGCCACCAACAAGAGACUGGCCUUUGACGAAAAGGUCACGGCAAAUGGAUACACUGUCAAUGUCAAGGUCAUCCAGCUGUGGGAUAAGCUGACGGAGUAUGUGAUCCAGCAGACAGGGACGUGUACUCGCAAACACCUCAGCGGCCCGUUCCCUGGCGGUUGUAUACCGGACACCGCUACCUUGAUUGGGUCGCAUUUCGAGGGCUCUGUUAAAAACAAGGUCACCUACAACUCCUACCGCAUCGUCGACACUGCCAAAGGCGUUACCGCCAUUGUGGACAUGACGUCAGACACGUGUGAGCCAAUCAGACAGGAGACGUACGGAAAAACUGGAAAUGACUAUUACCUUAUCUCAAACCGUUACUACGACAUCAGCGGCGGCAUCAAAAACGCUACAGUCUUCAACGUUCCCCCCGCAUGCAACAACGCCCCAUUCGUGGGCAGCCCCGCUGGACACGCUGGAUCAUUCUUCGGCUGAGAAAAGACUUAACCACACUGAUGUCAACCUACAAACCCAUUUUUGAACGUAAAUGUACUCCAGAAGAAAUAAAGUACAGAUACACUACCA